AUGGUCUCUGGAAACAACAGCCCAGACUGGCCAGAUGAGGAGCAGCCGCCGCCGCCUCUCAUCACUCCCACCGCCCACAAGGACGUCAAUGCCACAUCUAACCCCGAAACGGCGCCUCUGCUCAAUGACCGAACAGACACCGAACUGUCCGGCGAAGCCAAUGGCCACAAUGGUUACGGAACGACAGCCCAUUCUUCUGACUGGGAUGACGCCGAGGCCGACGCCGAGGCCGACGAAGACGAAACAACCGUCAUCACCGCCUCCGUCCCCCCGGGCCGCCUCGCCCUGAUCCUCGGCGCCGCCUACCUAGGCGUCUUCCUCGGCGCCAUCGACUCGACCAUCAUCGCCACCCUCUCCGCCCCCAUCUCCUCCGAGUUCAAGUCCCUCAGCCUGCUCUCCUGGCUCGCCACCGCCUACCUCAUUUCCAACGCCGCCUGCCAGCCCCUCUCGGGCCGCCUCACCGACAUCUUCGGCCGCGGCCCGGGCCUGAUCCUCAGCAACCUGCUUUUCGCGGCGGGAAACCUCAUCUGCGGCCUGGCGCGCAACCAGUCCGUCAUGAUCCUGGGCCGCGUCGUCGCCGGCAUCGGCGGCGGGGGUCUCAUGUCCAUCGCCACCUUCCUGGCCUCCGACCUCGUCCCCCUCCGGCGCCGGGGCGUCAUCCAGGGCGUCGGCAACAUCGCCUACGGUUCCGGCGCCAUGCUCGGCGGCGUCUUCGGCGGCUUCAUCAACGACAACUCCCCGUGGGGCUGGCGCCUCGCCUUCCUCGUCCAGGUGCCCCCCGUUCUCGUCUCCGCCGUGAUCGUCGCCCUCCUCGUCCGCGUGCCCCCGAAGGCCUCGCAGAAAUCCUACCUCGCCCGUAUCGAUUUCGUCGGCGCCUUCCUCACCAUCGCCUUCCUCGUGCUCCUCCUCCUCGGCCUCAACACCGGCGGCAACUCCGUCCCGUGGUCCCACCCGUUACCUCUCACCGCCAUCCCGCUCUCCGUCGUCGCCUUGGUCGCUUUCCUCGUGUGGGAGUCUCGCGCGCGCCUCCCCAUCAUCCCCGUGCGCCUGCUGGCCCACCGCACCGUCUUCGCCGCCUGUCUCGCCAGCUUCCUCGGCACCAUGGUCAUCAUGAUGAGUCUCUUCUACCUGCCCGUCUACCUCCAGGUCAUCGGCCUCUCCACCACCGACGCCGGCUUGCGCCUUCUCCCCGCGCCGCUCGGCGUCUCCAUCUGCUCCGUGAGUUCCGGUUACAUCAUGAAGCGCACAGGUCGCUACCUCGUCCUGGGCAUCGCCUCGGGGUUGCUGCUCGUCGCCGCCUCCGUCAUCCUCACCACCUUCACCGCCGACACGCCCACUUGGGUCGUCGGUGUCGCCUUCUUCAUGACCGGUGGCAGCUACGGCGCCAUGCUGACCGUGACCUUGCUGGCCUGCAUCGCUGCCGUGGAUCACUCCCACCAGGCCGUCAUCACGUCUGCUACUUACCUCGCUCGCAGCUGUGGCGGAACCAUCGGCGUGACCGUCGGUUCGACCGUGUACCAGAAUCUCCUCAAGACGAACCUCUGGGCCCGCUUCAAGGACUACCCCGACGCUGCGGAGAGGAUCAGCCGCAUCCGCGACGAUCUGGACGAGCUGAAGCACCUGCCGGAAGCCUGGAAGGAAGGCGUCAUGGAAUCCUUCAUCGAAGCGUUCCGCGGCGUCUGGCUCACCAUUCUCGGCGUCUCCCUCUUGACCCUCGUCAGUCUUUCGUUCAUGAAGCAGCACACCCUUCACAGUACCCUGGAAAGAAGAUAA